AUGAGCACCAAGACCUACUCCUCUUCAGCCGAGACGGCCUCCUCCUACCGUCGCACAUUUGGAUCAGGGCUGGGUUCCUCCAUGGCCCAUUCCCUGUUCUCCGGUCACUCCGGUUCCUCCGGCUCUUCCCGUAUGUCCGCACGGGUCUACGAGAUGUCGAAGUCGUCCUCCUCUCCCCACUACUCCAAAUUUCGUUCCUCUUCCAGCUUCGGCGCUCCCAUGGUGCGCUCCUAUGCCGGCAUGGGUGAGAAACUGGACUUCAGCUUGGCCGACGCCAUGAACCAGGACUUCCUGAACACCCGUACCAACGAGAAGGCCGAGCUGCAGCACCUCAACGACCGAUUCGCCAACUACAUCGAGAAAGUUCGUUUCUUGGAGCAACAGAACCAGACGCUGAUGGUGGAGAUCGAACGCCUGCGCGGCAGGGAGCCCACCCGCAUCGCCGAGAUGUACGAGGAAGAGAUGAGGGAGCUGCGCAGACAGGUGGACGCGCUGACCAAUCAGAGGGCUCGGGUGGAGGUGGAGAGGGACAACUUGGCUGACGAUUUGCAGAAACUCAAACUCAGACUUCAAGAGGAGAUCCACCAGAAAGAGGAAGCUGAGAAUAACCUCUCUGCUUUCAGAGCUGAUGUAGAUGCAGCCACCCUGGCCCGUCUGGAUCUGGAGAGGCGUAUUGAGGGACUUCAGGAGGAGAUCGCCUUCCUCAAGAAGAUCCAUGAGGAGGAGAUCCGCGAGCUGCAGGCUCAGAUGCAGGAGACUCAGGUGCAGGUCCAGAUGGACAUGUCUAAACCCGAUCUGACCUCCGCCCUGAGGGACAUCCGCACGCAGUACGAGGCCAUUGCUGCCAAAAACAUCGCAGAGGCUGAGGAAUGGUACAAGUCUAAGGUGUCAGAUCUGAACCAGGCGGUGAGUAAGAAUAACGACGCUUUGAGACAAGCCAAACAGGAGAGCAUGGAGUACCGUCACCAGAUCCAAUCCUACACCUGCGAGAUUGAUUCGCUCAAGGGCACUAACGAGUCUCUGAUGAGGCAGAUGAGAGAGAUGGAGGAGAGGAUGGGUCGUGAAGCGGGCGGAUUCCAAGACACCAUCUCUCGUCUGGAAGACGAAAUUGCCAAAAUGAAGGAUGAGAUGGCCAGACACCUGCGCGAGUACCAGGAACUGCUUAAUAUCAAGAUGGCUUUGGACGUGGAGAUUGCCACCUACAGGAAACUUUUGGAAGGAGAGGAGAGCAGGAUUUCUCUACCAGCUCAGGCAUUCUCCUCCAUGAGUUUCAGAGAGACCAGCCCAGAGCAACAGCAUCAGCGUGCAUCUGAAGUCCACUCCAAGAAAACAGUCCUGAUCAAGACAAUUGAGACUCGUGAUGGAGAGACUAGAUCAACUAGGGAGGGUGUUACUGCCCAGUGUGCACAACUUGUUGUCAGUGAAUCCACACAGCAUCAGCAGGACAUCAUGUAA